GAAUUUAAUACUCGAACAGUUAAUAGUCAAAGCAGAACUACAGAGCUGUUAACAAGGCGGGGAAAUUUCUCUAACAGUUCUGGUUGUUCAGGUACAGACGGGGAAAUUUCUAUAUCAAUUCAGGUUGUUCAGCGUGAUCACUGAGUUUACGUCAUGGCUGUUCGUUUCCGUUUGCCCCAAUUGAUGAGAGAAGCUGCCGCUGAGUUCGCUUCUACAUUCAUUUUGCUGACGUUUGGAAUAGCGUCAGUAGCUCAGAUGGUUCUCAGCAAGUCGGAGUUUGGAAAUUUUUUCUCCGUGAACUUCGGUUGGGGAAUUGGUGUUAUGCUCGGCUGCUAUUGGGCUGGUGGAAUUUCAGGCGCUCAUAUGAACCCUGCGGUCACAUUGGCCUUUGCCGUCGUAAGAAGAUUUCCAUGGAAGAAAGUUCCCGUAUACUGGGCGGCACAACUACUGGGCGCAUUCGUGGCUUCGGCUUGUGUUUAUGGAGUUUAUUAUGAUGCCUUAAAUGCAUUUGAUGGAGGUGUCCGUCGUGUACUGGGUGAGAAAGGAACUGCAGGGAUCUGGGCAACAUAUCCUCAAGGUUAUUUGUCAACUGGGAACGGCUUUGGUGACCAGGUGUUCGGCACGGCCUUGCUUGUUGGCUGUGUCUUUGCCAUCAUUGAUAAGAACAAUAACACUCCUGAUAAGGGGGCGACACCUGUGAUAAUUGGGUUGACUGUGUUCGUCAUUGGCGCUACGUUUGGAUAUAACUGCGGUUACGCUAUUAAUCCUGCCAGGGAUCUGGGUCCGAGACUAUUUACUGCUAUGGCAGGCUGGGGCGCUGAAGUGUUUACUGCGGGCGACCAUUGGUUCUGGGUGCCAAUCGUGGGAUGCUUCUUAGGUGCAGUUCUGGGUGCACUCGCUUACAUCGGUCUGAUUGAGAUGCAUCAUCCCGAAGACGAUCCAAGCAAGCCCGGAGUGGAACUCGAAAACAUUACCAUCAAAAGUAACCACGAGUAACCCAGGACACCUACCCGAUGGACAUUGUGAAAAAAAAAUAAUCGUUGGCUUUUUAUAUAAGAUAAAUACAUAUCAUGUUCACUUUGUAGUUAAGUUACUGAGGAUGCGCACUAGCACCGCUGGAUAUCUAUUGAAAUAUUCUCGACAAGAUCCACUUUCUGCAUCUUACUCCUUUCGUUAGUUAAAACGGUGACCGUUUUUACAUAGCUUUGAGAUGAACGUUUCCAACGCUAAUAUGAACCUCUUUUUACAUAUAAAAUUUUAAUGAGCCAAAAAAUUCAAUCUUAUGAACUAAUGCCAUAAGGUCAGAGAUAAAAAAGACCCUCUACUUAGCAUCUUACCAUGUAUGGACACGGUGGAUGAUAUACUGACCUAGUAUUCUACAAGUAAAGAGGGUGUCCACCAUAAUAGGGACUUUGCUGAAGCAAUAAGUCUUUCCCCCUAGACGAACAUUUAUAUUAAAUGCAAUGUGAGCUUGUGCAUCGAAGUAAACUUGGGUAUAUUACAUUUUCAUCGUCAAAAGUAAAGUUACAGUGUAAAACAAAGCUCCCUUUUCAUAGGGCUUUCUUCUCUUCAAACAUUCCUGUCAAGUCCAUCGGUCCGAACCCAAACUAUAGUAGGGAAAAAUGGCGAAAAAAGUAAAAAGGCUACGAGCCCAAUUCUAAACCUAAAGAAAUGAAAAUCUGGUUAAAGUCUUUUGCAAAUAUUUCCGCAUACACAGCGUAGGGAGGAAAGGCUUCUCUUUUUUUUUCCUGUGACGUUUUCAGUCGAUAAACAACAGAUCAAACAAUGCAGCGCUGGAAGAUUUAUUAAAAAAAGCAGUAGAUCGCAA